ACCAACGUUCUUUCCACGCCAUUGACGGCUCUUCCCGUCUUCCAAGCUCACAAAGGACCUCUGUUUUUUUCUAUUUCUCCUCUUUGAUAUCAAAUCCUUUUUAUCUUUUUUCAUAAUAAGAUCGAAAUGGAGACAGAUCUUACCGAUAAUGGCUGUCGCACGAAAUCUCAAUCGAGAGAUGAUCACCAUGGAUCUUCUGCUUUGAUAUUUUUGGGAACUGGUUGUUCGAGCAUGGUCCCAAAUGCAAUGUGCUUGAUUCAACCUACUGAUUCUCCUUGUAGUGUUUGCACCCAGGCCCUCACUAUCCCUCCAGAGUGUAACCCCAACUACAGGUGCAAUACAUCACUUCUUAUUGAUUAUUGCCAUGGUGAUCGUGAACACAAGUAUAUAUUAAUUGAUGUUGGGAAGACCUUUAGAGAGCAAGUAAUUCGGUGGUUUACCUGCCAUAAAAUUCCUCAGGUGGAUUCUAUAAUUUUAACUCAUGAACAUGCUGAUGCAGUUCUUGGCCUGGAUGAUAUACGUGCAGUACAACCUUUUAGUCCGACAAAUGAUAUUGAUCCAACUCCAAUUUACCUUACUCAGUUUUCCAUGGACAGCAUUGCAGUAAAAUUCCCGUACUUAGUCCAGAAAAAACUUAAAGAAGGCCAAGAAAUUAGGAGGGUUACGCAGCUUGACUGGAAAAUAAUUGAGGGUGACUGUGACAAGCCAUUUGUCGCCUCAGGCCUACAGUUUGUUCCUUUGCCAGUGAUGCACGGGGAGGACUAUGUUUCAUUGGGCUUUCUUUUUGGCAAAAAAUAUAGAGUAGCAUAUGUAUCUGAUGUUUCACGUUUUCCUCCAAGUACUGAAUAUGUUAUUUCAAAGUCUGGAGCUGGACAGCUGGAUCUUCUUAUCCUGGAUACUCUAUACAAGAAAGGAUCACACAACACUCACUUGUGCUUGCCUCAGACUCUUGAUGCUGUAAAGAGGAUAUGCCCAAAGCGGGCUCUAUUCAUUGGAAUGACCCAUGAAUUUGAUCACCAAAAAGACAAUGAAGCCCUUAUGGAAUGGUCUAGAAGGGAAGGAAUCCCUGUUCAGCUAGCUCGAGAUGGUCUGAGGAUCCCGAUAGAACUGUAAUGAAUUCUGUGGGCAGGCCAACCAGUAAAGCUUGGCUGGGUGGAUCUAAGUCCCAUGUGGCAGUCUAGUUGGUGACUUGGUGCUCGAAGUGAGCACACACAUGGUACAACUGUAUUCAUUUUGGUUAGUUUCAGCCCAAACGGAGUUGACCAUGGCACAUGAUAAAAUAAAGAUGUGGGAAAUUAUUGAAAAGCCAAUGUUUUGAUCUAUAUAUCUACUGUUUGGAAUGCUUGAGGAUGCUGUCCAUUUGGGGCUGAAACAGAUCCAACAGGCCAGUUAAGCUAUUAAGACACCCACAAGACAUUUACCUUUUUAUCCUAUUACAUUACUAAAACCAUUUAUUUAUUUAUUUUAUUCUUAUUGAAUUUUCAUCAUUAUUAUAUGGACAAAAGAUUCCACCACACCCAUGCUAGGAACACUUUGCAUCACAUUCCAUUUUUAAGCCAUUUGAUUGACGAUCUGGAAGGCUAACUUUCGGGUAGAUUUGGAUCCCAUUUGACAGUCCACCUGUCAAAAUUGGUGACAUAUCUCAACUGUAUGGCCCCCAUGUAUGGGAAUUUUCCCUUCCAUUUUUUCAAUGGUUUCUGCUGAGUUCGUGUUAACUCCUUUCUAAUAUUUUUCAGACUUUUCUAAACUCUA